UCCACUCGUCCGGAUGCAUGUCAAAUUCGCGGCACCGCGCGUGCACGUAGUUUUAGUUACACGCAAAUUAAUCAAAUUUCUUAAAAUGCCAUUGAGUUUCUCGGGGGCUCCAUACAAAAAUGUGAUUCAUAUCGAUAAGCAAUUGUUUCGGAAAUAAGCCAAAAACGAAAGUGAAGGGAAGUGAGCCCGCGACGGAAAAGGAAAACUGAAAAUUUUAAAAUAUCUCAGUAGUGCUAGUGCUUAUGAAGCGUGUGCUAAACAAGUGCGGCGAUCGUGCAACCACAAAGAAAAAAAUUGAAGUGGAAAUAUAAAAAUAGUUUGGUCCGGGAAACAAGAGCUCAUGUCUUGCUCGCAAAAGCUGCACACGCAGUAGGUGUGCACCCUAAAAAAAUAAGAAAACUACGUAGCGGAUUCCCGAAAAUUUAACAUUGUCCAUCUUUAAAUGUUAUGUAACGCUGCGAAUUCCUUUGGAUUACAAUCGGAACGAGUUUUCGAAGGCUUUCAUUUUGAGGAGCGAACAACUUAACGAAUUUCAGGAGCCAUGCAUCAUAUGUAUCCACUUUCAAAAGGAGAUCAGCUUUGUCCUCUCGGGUUCCAUCCACAAGUUCGAUGGCCCACACGCUGUAAACGAUGCUUUCGUGAUUAUAAGGAGCAUGGGGGUAAGCGCGGAGGUGAAGACAUAGCUGCAUCAUCUCCAAGCCUCACAGAUUCAUCCAUGAAACCACCUGGACGGUCUUGGACUUCUACACAGAAUCUCUCAUCGACUUCAGCGGAUAGUAAUGGGAAUGACAUCGUUGUUAACUAUUGCGUAGAACUACGGAAGCGACCUUCAUCAUGGACAUCAACACCGGACCUGGAGGAUAUAGACAAUAAAGACGCAAAAUCAACGCCUGCUGAUGUUUCAGUUCGGGUUCAAUUGCCAGCACGACGAAGCCAUACUACAGCAAUUUCACACAACGCAGAAACAGAAGAAUCUUUCACGAUGCGUCGACCACCCUUACCACCCACAUCUAAGGAAUCACCAGAUGAUUGGGUUAUCCUUAAAACAGAUUCCUUAGCAGAACGAGUGCGGAAAAUGAAUCUGAAAAAGCAGAAAAGCAUGGAACGAGAAGGCAGUCGAGAGAAAUCUGUCCCCCGAAAAGCAGAUAAGGAAAAAUCGCCAUCCGUGGAAUCCGACCGGGAACGUAAUAAAGCCGCACUUGCUGCCCAACGUAAACAUGAGGAUGCAAUUAAAGCUAGUCAAGAUGUGCAGUUUUUAAUCAAAGUUAAGGAGAACUCCGUUCCUCGACAGGACGAUGAUCUUUCUGUAACUACAGAGACUACCGACACAACAUUAGUAGAUCCAAAUGACCAUAAUUUGCAAAAUGAGGUGAAAAUGCUUCGCCAGGAAUAUGAAUUAAUGAAAGCUCGGGCAGAACGGGCCGAACGGGAAAAAAGUGAUAUUCUGCUAAGAAGGCUAGCAUCUAUUGAUACUGGUCCAAAUCGGACUGCAGCAUCUGAAGCAUUGAAGCUUCAACAAAAGGUAAACGAAAUGAAAACACAACUUGAGGAAUUAAGAGAUGAGAAGCGAUGUUUAUCGUUGAAAGUACGCGAAUUGGAACACGACCUCGAAUCUAGACCUGCGAAGACUAUAGAAGAGGAAUUGCGACGCAAACUUCAAGCAGCUGAGCAACUGUGCGAAGAGUUGAUGGACGAAAAUGAAGACAUUAAAAAGGAAUUACGAGGCAUGGAACAAGAAAUCGAUGAAAUGCAUGAUAAUUUUCGAGAGGACCAAGUUGAGGAAUUUGCAACUAUGUGCAAAAAGUUCGAGCAAACAGAGAAAAAUUGUAGAGUGUUAAGUUUCAAACUGAAAAAGUCGGAAAGGAAAAUAGAACAGUUAGAAAAAGAAAAGCAGACUUUAAUAUCACAAAAUAGCAAUGACUUACUUAAUAAAAUUCAGAAGUUAGAAGACGAUUUGAAAGCAGCCAAUGACCUUGCCAGGAGAUUACAGAGUGAGGCAGAUCAGACAAAAAAUCCCAAUAAGAAAAAAGCACCAACAUUGGGAGUUAUUGGGAAAUCCACGUCAGCUGAUGGAAAAGUUACACGGGAAUCCCUUACAAGAGGUGGAUCGCAGGAAGAUCCAGCGCAGCUUCUACGUGACCUUCAAGAUUCGAUGGAGCGCGAAGCAGAUCUGAAGGAACAAUUGAAAUUCGCAGAAAGAGAGGCUGAAACGCUAAGGAAGAAGGCAUCAAGGAUUGAGGAUGAGAACGAAUCAUUGAUGAUGCAGUUGAAAAAAAUGGCAACAAGGGCGAAAAGUGAAAAAUUAACUUCAGCGAAUUCUUUGCUUGUAUCAGAACCACCAGUUGAACACGAUGAAGGUAUAUCUGAUGAAGAUGAUCCAGCAGAACUAAGAGUAUUAUUGGAGCUGAAUGAGCAGGAAGCGACCGUACUGCGGCAGAAAGUAGAAGACCUUGAAUCAGAAAAUAAUUCCCAUAAAAGGCAAAUAAAAGAACUACAAGAAAAAUUAAAAUCGAAUUCCAAAAAUGACAUUGGUACAAAGCGUAUUUCUUCGCUGCUCUCAAAGUCAACAAAUGCAAGUGAGCAAAAAUUAAAAGCCUUAGAAGACGAAAUGAGCGAGUUAAGAAGGACCAUUGCGGAGAAGGAGCGAAAUAUUGAAAAAUUAACGGCUGAAAUUAGUGCACUUAAGUCUAAUUCUAGCAGAAAUCUCAUUAAGGCAAACUCGUCAGAAGGUAAUGAUCAGCAAUUAGACUUGAAACGACAAAUGCAAAUGGUAGAGCAAGAAGCAUCCAUAUUGCGAGGGAAAAUUUCCAAUUUGGAGCAAGAAAAUGAAAAGCUCACUUUGGAAAAUAAAAAACUGCAAAUGCAGUAUCUCCGGAAAAAUUCAUCACUCUCGUUAACAAAGAAUACAAGCAAUGUAGAAUUGAGCGAAAUUAAGGAGCGAUUAAGUAAGACUGAAAAAGAACGUGACGAAUUGAGAUCAAAGUUGGAAGAGGUUAACAAAGAAGCUUCUGACAAACUCCCUCCAAGGACACCUAAAAAGGUUACAGAUCUGACACCAAAAGCUACACUAAAGAAGUUCAUUGAUGAACUUGAAGACGAAAUUAAAGGGUUAAGGAUAAUCGUUGCUAAAUCUAGUGGCGAAAAUGUUAAGAAACUUGAAAAUGAAAAGACAGUAAUUCAAAAGGAGUUGAAGGAUGUUAAAGACCAACUGAACAAUACAUCGGCAGAGCUUAAGAAACUGAAAACAAGUAAAGAUAGUGCAACAGCUCAAGCAGCAAAACUUUCAGAACUAGAAUUGAAAUUCAAAAAAUCGGAUGUUGAGAACAGUAAAUUGUCUAUGCAAAUAAAGGAAUUGGAGGAGAAAAUAAAGGCAAAAGAUACUUUGAUCAAACAAGGAGAGUCGGUAAAAUCCUCACUAGACGGCCAAAUUAAGAAAGAAAAAGAAAAGUACGCGAGUCUCGAAAAGACUUUGGAAAAGGAAAAAAAAGAAGCCAGUCGCUGGGAGGCGAGAGUAACUGAACUUGAUGAUGAGUUAUCCUCUACUCGGAAAAAUUUCGAAAAGAUGAAGACAUCAUGGGAAAAAGAAAUUCAAGACUUAAAAUCGAAAAUGAAUUCCAAAACGGACGCGGCGCAUACUAAGAAACUGCAAGAAUUACGAAAACAGCUUGAAGAUACUCAAGCUGAUCUUACGCGGGAAUCGAAAAAAUAUUCCGAGCUAAAUGCCCGCUAUGAAACACUCCAAGAGGAACACGUCCUUUCUAAAGCACAACUUACUGCAGAAAAGCAUAAUCUGCAAAGCGAUUUGGGGCUGGCAAAGCAAAAGCUCUCCGAAGUAGACGUCUAUAAGACGGAAAAACUUAAUUUAGAAAAGAAAUUAAAAGAAGCACAAACACGAAUUUCAGAGCUCGAGUCAAAAAAUAUUAAUAGUAAAGCGAAAGAAUAUGAAAAAAAUAUGUUGAGAUCGACUAUUGCCGAAAGGGAUCGCGAAAUUGAGAAGCUAAAAAAAGAAAACGAGAUGAACGGUGACCUAGCUAGCCAAAUGAGGAAGGAAAACGAAGAGCUACGUAGGAAGUUAGAUGAUUUCGAACGAGUAAGUAAAGCCCAAAGGUCGCUUAACGACUAUAAUAGCACGAUGGAAAAGGAAUUGAAGAAACUCCAAGUCAAGCUGGAAAAUUCAGAACUUACAGCCAAGUCUGAGGUGGCGUCAACUCGACUUCGAUACGAGCAGCAAAUUAAAAAUAUUCAGUCAGAAUUAAAUUCUAUGCAGAGACAAUGUGAACGCUUCAAAAAGGAUCGUGACACCUUUAAGCAGCUUUUGGAAUCCGCGCAGAAAACAAUUGGCGAAUUGAAACAAAAUAGCGGCAGAGUGAGUCGUGCCUCUUUGAACAGUGGCGACGAAGACGACAAAGGAAAAAUACUCGCUUUGGAACAGCAGCUUGGUUGUCUAGAAGAUCAAUUAAGUGAGGCACGUUUAGAAGCUAGUAGAUACAAAACAGAACUUGUUCAAGAGCGGAGUGCAAAUGAGAUAAAGAUUGCCGAAAUGACGUCAAAAUUAAAUGAAUACGAGGAAGAUCGUCUUUUAGGAUCUGGGCGUACCAAAAUUGCUGGUAUGAAAACUAAAUUGGAGUUAUCUUGGCAAAAGGAACGUGAGGAGCAACAGAGACUUCUUCAAGAAACUGCCACUUUGGCCAGGGAUCUACGACAGACGUUGUUCGAAGUGGAACGCGAAAGGGAUAAGGAACGCAUUGAAUCUAAACGCAAAUUAGAACACCUUAAACGAGCAACGGAAGAAGAAAUGGAGGAAGGACGAAAGAAAAUCUCUGAAUUGCAAUGCGAUUUGUUAGAAUUGCGCGAUGCUCAUGCUAAGCUUAGAACCUCAAAUGAGAAACUCAGACGAGAGCGUGAACGUUACGAACGGGAAAUAGCUCGACGGCGUAUGGAACAUGAUGGUGAACGUAAAGUUGGCGUUCUGUUACAAACGGUCGAUGAGCUAGUCAAGAUUGCUCCCGAUCUUCAAAUAGCUUCGAAAUCGUCCACUCCAAAAGUAUCUUCUCAAUCACCCGCUCAAUCUUUGAAGCCCGAGCUAACACGAAGAACUCGAAGUCCAUCGCCAGGACCAAAUAGUAUGCAAAUUUCAACUGUAUUAGCCCGUUUAGCAGAAGCAUCAGAGGAAUUACGAAGAUUCCAAAGGCUGUGCGAAGAAGAAAAGGAAAGAGAUCGAUCUAGACGAAGUGGUAUGCGGAGGGCAGCAUCCACAGAGAACGAGCCACAAAUGAUCACAAGAAAUUCAUCAUCCGGAAAACUUUCAAGAUCGUCAACACAUAAUGGAAGUUUGAUUAGGAAGAGUUUGUCUUUGGAUCAUUCUAUACAACAAGAUCAGUCAAUUUGGAGGCAAGAUGAUGGGAGUUUAUCGUCGAUGCAAUCUAUUGAUUCCGAACUAGGAGGAAUGGUGCGUGAUUCGAGUAUGGAUUCUCGAUUAUCUGGAGGAUCAACACAAAGUGAUUUGCCGAGAGGUCCGCGGAAGAAAAAACGUGGUAUAAUGGGAAAGUUACGGAGUUUAACAAAGAGUAGCCGAACGGGUAGUGAAUCAUCGAUUCCAGGCUCUGAUUCUGAUGUGAGUACCGCGAGCGCAGACAUACGGGGAAGUAAAAAGGAUUUGAAAGGUCGGUUAUCGGGUAUGUUCAAAAGAUCAAAUUCAGCGACAAGAAGUAACAGUUCCGAGCGAUUAAUAAACGAUUCGGAACAAAAACCGGUAGCUGUCACCAUGUUGGGUUCGAAUAACUCUACACCAGCUCAGUCGCAACCAACAACACCGAAAGUCGUUAGAUCUGCCACUAAGCCUCCUACACCAACUACUCCAGUUUUACAGCGCAGGACUAAAUAAAGUCCAACUUCCAAUGAUUUAUAAACUAAAAAUGAAAAGUAAAUAAAUAGUUGGUCUAUUGCCUAA